GCGACGCCGCACCACGUGGGAUCAGAUGCGGGAACAGAGCGCGCCGGAUGCACUGGAUGCUAGAAUCUGGGCAGGACUCUCAAGUGUCGUUGGAUCAAAUCGAACUGGUUUCUGGUUUGGUCGUCACGCUUGAAGAAUAUGAAAGGCGUCGCUGCGUUUGCCGUCGACCACAAGAUGUUGCGGCGGCUUGGCCCGCGCGAUCUUUUGCCACUUCAACUUGGCGCUGAUUGGCUCGGUCCACGAUCCGCGCUCGUGACGCGCCUAGGCGGAUCCCCAUUUGAGUCAGUUCGUUGACUGUUUCGUCACCAUUUCCGGCGCGAUGAUUGGUUACUGGUGGCUGCCAGUGACCGACGCGCCAAUCAGAUGGCAGCAGGGCGCAUCGGCGUCACCUGAUUGGCUCGCAUGCCAAUAUUAGUAAAAAAGGGGUCCUGGAAUAAAAAGAUGGCACGAGACAUGGGCUUGAAGGCAAGGGCCCACGGAAAUCUUUGAGCGACCCAUUUUCGCAUCUUCGCAGUAGCAGCAGCAUGACGCCCCGAACGCCCCCGAUGAUGGCGACGAGCCCGCUCAAGGACGCGAUGGCCACGGAGCUCAAGGGCAAGCCGGUCUCGCCGUACGUCAAGAUGGCCGCGGGCAUGGCGGGCGGCGUCGUUGAGGCGUGCAUGCUCCAGCCGCUUGACGUGACCAAGACGCGUCUCCAGCUCGACCGGACCGGGCAGUACAAGGGCAUGAUUGACUGCGGCAAGACGAUCUACCGCACCGAAGGCGGCGCUGCGCUCUACAAGGGUCUCUCGCCGUUCAUCAUGCACCUCACGCUCAAGUACGCGCUGCGCUUUGGGUCGUUUGCCAAGUUUAAGGAGCUCCUCGGCGCCGGCGAAGGCGUGAAAGCAUCAAAUGGCAUCAACUUCACCGCGGGUCUUCUCACGGGCUGCCUCGAGUCGGUGCUGAUUGUGACGCCGUUCGAAGUCGUCAAGACGCGCUUGCAGCAAGAGGUGGGCGUCGGGCGCUACAAGGGCCCGAUCGACUGUCUCAAGAAGGUCGUCGCGAACGAAGGAAUCACGGCGCUCUGGAAGGGCAACAUCCCGACCAUGGCGCGCCAAGGCAGCAACCAAGCCUUCAACUUUAUGGCGUUUGCAUGGCUCAACUCGAACGUGUGGAAAAAGGAGGACGGCGACGGCAAGCAGCUCGAAGUCUGGAAGACGCUCAUCAACGGUCUCGUCGCGGGCUCGCUCGGUCCGUGCUUGAACUCGCCCAUGGACGUCAUCAAGACGCGGCUCAUGGCACAGGAGACGAUCAAGGGCGUCGAGCCCAAGUACCGCGGGUUUGUUCAUGCGUUUGGCGUCAUUGCGCGCGAGGAAGGCAACGCCGCGCUCUGGAAGGGCCUUGUCCCGCGCCUGACGCGUAUGGCGCCCGGCCAAGCCAUCACGUGGACCGUCGUCAUGCGCGUCACGUCCUUCUUUGAAAACAACUAAGCCGACAAAGACGGACCUUAAUUAUACCGCGUGGUUGACUCUCUAA